AUGGUGGUACAUAGAGAUAGGAUCAGUGCGUUACCGGAUGAGAUUCUCUGUCAUAUACUCUCUCUCCUCAUCCCGUUAUAUUCUGUCCGGACCACCGUCUUGUCUAAGAGGUGGAACAACUUGUGGACUAGUUGUAUUACCAACCUUGAUUUCGACAUGUAUGAUUUCCGUUCAUCACGGGAUAACUAUCGCAUUUUCGUCACGUUCGUUGAUCGGGUGUUGGCCUUACGCGACUCAUCGUUAGACAUCAGAAGAUUUCGUGUUGAUUGGGUCGAUUAUGAAGAUUUCUCUAUUACUGAUCGUUGGAUACGUGCCGCCAUCAAGGCUAAUGUAGUUGAGCUUGUUGUUUCUUUAAGUGUGGAUUGUUGUGGUGAACCUGACUUGGUGCGUCCUUUCGAAAUGCCUCGAAGUGUUUUUACCUGCAAAUCACUGGUGGCUUUGAAGGUGAAGUCAGAUUAUCUUACCUAUUCUCUUCCUACAACAGGUUGUUGUUUCCCAAAUCUCAAGUUCCUUCAUUUUUCUUCUAGGCAUAAUUCUGAUUCGGCCUUUGAGGAAAAUCUUUUCCGUAGCUGCCCUGUACUUGAAGAGUUGACUAUAGAAGGACAUCAUAAGAAAGAUGUUUUGAAUUUCAACAUAUCUGCACCUGAAUUGCGGACACUAACGACCAUCAUCUCAGAAGAAAGUGAUGAAGAAUUUGAUGAAUCGGAUGAAGAUUCUGGCGGAGAAGGUUCUGGAGAAUAUAGGGUAGAACCCUGCAAUUUCUUUAUCGAUGCCCCAAAACUAGAAAACCUUUGUGUUGCGGGAGAGGUUAUGUCAACGUAUAUUUUGGAGAACUCAACCUCCUUAGUUCAAGCCAAAGUUCAACUCCAAGAGUUCCAUGAAGCUUGUGCUGACCGUGUUGCUGAGUUCUUGGAUAGAAUUUCAAGCGUCAGAUAUAUGGUCCUUUCAGCUCCUGAUUUUAAGCCUUGUUUGCCGCAUGUUUUUAGUAAUUUGAUCAAGCUAGAGCUGGUUUUUUACAAUCAGUCUUGCUGGAAAUGGCUUGCCGACGUGCUUAACAUAUCGCCUAAUCUAGAAUAUCUUGUCUUAGACUUUGCAAAAAUAAAAUCAGGAGGACGAGAUUCAUUGCCUGAUUUGGAAUCUUUUGGCGAUGACUUUGCAAGCAUCAACAUGAGAGAAGGAUGGGAUUCCUUCCAUCCACCUGAGUUUUUUCCUAGGUGUUUGUCUUCACAGCUCAAGACUAUCUCCAUAAAGGGAUUCAAAGGAACACCGAAUGAGAUUGGCGUGGCAGUGUAUCUGUUAAUCUAUGGUGAAGUUCUAAAUAAGGUGAUUGUUUCUUGUGAAAGUUGUUCCAGCAUUCGCGGUGCAAAGGAGAAGAUUUUAUCCUUUGUAAAGGGUUCAAAGACAUGUCAAGUUAGUUUUAUCUGA